AUGGCGCAGGCGCCAGCAAAGCCCUUGGUCGCGAUUGUGGGCGCGACAGGGACUGGUAAAUCAGAUUUGGCAGUUGACAUAGCACGCAAGUUUAAUGGAGAGAUUAUCAAUGGCGACGCGAUGCAGCUCUAUCGCGGCCUGCCCAUAAUUACGAACAAACUCACUCAAGAGGAGAUGAGGGGCGUUCCACAUCACCUCCUAGGCUGUGUUGGACUUGAGGAAGCGACGUGGACUGUUGGGAAGUUUGUGGGUGAGGCACUGGAUGUGAUUGGCGAUAUCCAAAGGCGCGGCAAGUUGCCAAUCCUAGUUGGCGGAACUCACUAUUAUACGCAGUCACUUUUGUUCCAAGAUGCGUUAGCAGACGAGCCUACUUUGAACUUGAAUGAGAACUCUGAGCCUUUGCCUAUCCUAGAAGCCCCUACGGACGUCAUUUUGGCUAGGUUGAGGGAGGUGGAUCCCGUCAUGGCGGACCGCUGGCAUCCGAACGAACGACGAAAGAUUCAGCGCUCGCUCGAAAUCUAUCUAAGGACGGGAAAACCUGCUUCGCAAGUGUACGACGAGCAACGCAUACGGCAAGAUGGUUCACCUCGUUUAGCACAGGAUGGACCAGCCAGCACUCAUCCCGGACUUCGAUUUCCGACUCUAGUGUUUUGGGUUCAUGCUAACAAAGAUGUGCUGCAUCCACGUCUCGAUGGACGCGUAGAAAAAAUGUUGAACAAAGGCCUGUUGUCAGAGGUACAAGAACUUUGCGAUUUCCAGAAGAGCUACGAGUCGCGUACAGAUACCAAGAUAGACCAAUCUCGCGGAAUCUGGGUGUCAAUAGGCUACAAAGAGUUUCGGGACUAUCAGGAUGCGCUUGCUCAGGUACCGCAGGUUCCGUCGGAGCUUGCGAAGCUGAUGACUGCUUCUGUCGAGAAGACACAGGCAGCUACGAGGCAAUACGCCAACCGCCAAAUCAAAUGGAUCCGCAUCAAGCUGCUGAACGCGCUUUUGAGCGCAGGGCAGAAGAGCAAUAUUUUUCUACUCGACGGCUCUAACCUGUCUAAGUGGGAAGAUGAAGUUACACAAACUGCAGCCACCGUCACCGAGCGUUUUCUCUCUGGUCAAACCCUUCCUGAACCCUCAACGCUCUCUUCGUUUGCAGCAGAGAUGCUCACACCAAAGCGGGCAUACGAUCUCGCAAAGCGACCAGAUCUCUGGCAGAAGAGAGUAUGUGAGACUUGUGGUACGGUCGCAGUCACCGAAAAUGACUGGACCUUACACACCAAGAGUCGCGCUCACCGGAAAGCUGUAGGCGCAAGAAAGAAGCGAGAGAAUACCCAAGGUACGCCACAGGAGAAUCAAAAAGCUUUACAGGCAGAUACGGACGACAUGCGUGAAGGCUGUGCGGAGAGUCUACCGUAG